AUGGCAUCUCCACAGCCUUCUCAUAAUGUGGAAUUGGAGGCUGCAAAGUUUCUACAUAAACUAAUUCAAGAGUCGACCGAUGAGCCAGCAAAACUGGCUGCGAAGCUUCAUGUUAUAUUGCAACAUAUGAAAUCGAGCGGGAAGGAGCACUCCAUGCCCUAUCAAGUAAUUUCAAGGGCUAUGGAGACUGUUAUCAACCAGAAUGGCCUUGAUAUUGAAUCUUUGAAAUCUCAACGUCUUCCUAUGUCUGGGGGGUCCCAAGGCGGAGACUCAGCUGGUGCGCGUUAUGCAGGUCCUUCUCAUGCUAUGGCUGACAAUGAGGUAUCUAAGGUUGAUUCCUUGGUCACCAACAAGCUGCUUGUUGUCCCUGCUGGUGCUGUCCAUGAUGCUUAUCAGGGAUCUCUUGAUCAUGAAAGUCCUUCGAGUUUGGAUACCAGGUCUGCUAAUUCACAAUCUCAAGAUAGAGGGGGAAAUCAAAAGGAUGGUAAAACGGCUGUCAAGAGGAAGCGGGGUGAUUCUUCUUUGCCAUCAGAGACUCAUAUCGAUGACUCCCAACAGGCUGAUGCUCAUUCUGCAGUUGAUAUGAGGAAAGGAAAGGCCAACAGGGUUGACCCAUCGGGGGGUUUCUCUACUAGGGGCAGUGAAAAUAGUAGCUUCAGUAUGGUUCCUGGUGGUAGUCAGCUGGAAGCUUCAUCUGCACAUACAUCUUUCGGUCAACAGCAAGGGGAUUCGUUUCCACCUGCACAUGAAAAUCUCUCUACCGGAACGUGGAAUCAAAAUAAGGCAGCUGUAGCACUGGAUCGGUCUCAGGUCCCAAGGUUUUCGGCCAAUGUUGUUUCUGGCGGUGUGCCCGCAGAAGCAACUUUGCAGCAGUCAAUGGUACCAUCUCUUGUAUCAAAUUUUUUUAGGAAAUCGCAGGAUGGAAUAUAUUUUCCUUCUGGUUCGUAUGCAAUGGGGGAACUAGGAUUUUCUGGUUCAGGGCAGAUAAGUGGUCCUGAAAGUUACCUGUGUGGAUUUGCAGGACAUACUGCAGCAAGUCCCUCUGAGAAUACCACUGGAGGGCAUAAUUUCCAACUUAACCGCAUGGAGCUUUCAGUCGGAAUGGUUCCAGAAAAUAAUGGAGGCAGUUCAAAUAUAUUUGGAGACCCGACUAGGUUCAGUGAGGCGACAGCGGCUUCUAGAGAUACGGGAAAAUCUCCAAUUUCUCAGGGUAAUGCUUCACCUGGCAUGCCUUUCAAGGAGCAACAAUUGAGGCAGCUUAGGGCCCAGUGCCUUGUCUUUCUAGCAUUUAGGAACAGGCUGGCUCCCAAAAGGUUACAUCUGGAGAUAGCUCUUGGAAGUAUCAUUAAUAGAGAUGAAGCUAUUCGCAGGGAGCUGGUGGAUCAGAAAGCAAAAUCUUCUAAUGAGCAAACCAACCUUCCAGGAGUUGCAAGGCCAUUUGCAUGGGCAAAUAGUGCAAGGGAAACUGAUAAGGUUCCUCCAGUUGCCUCAGCUGCUUUAAGAUAUUCAGAUGGCAACUCUUUACAAAAAGAUGUUGACAAAUUGAAGACGGAGGACAAAGUAGGUUCACAUUCUGACCAUUCGGUACUCGCCGAUUAUGGGAAGCACCUUGUGACAAGAAAGCUGGAUGCUGAGAAGCAAAUUCCGGAAACUGUUGGGGCACAGUUGUUCGCUUCUAAUCCAGUUCAGCAGGAUGAUUCAUCGAAUACUAGGGGCAGUUCACUAAUUGGGAAAACUGUGGAAAGCAUGGAUAACGGAUAUGUCCAGAGUGGGAGAGCCAAUCAGGCCUCUUUCUUAACUGGUGUAAACAAGCAACUGAACCCUGAGGCAAUGAAUUGGGCAGGAAGUCGUAAUGAGGUGGUUCAGGAAUCAUUACCAUCAUGGGGUGUUCAGCAUAACGUGGCUCUGAACAAAAAGGACAUUGGUCCUAUGCAAUCCCAAAAUCUUGUCAACGGUGGUAUCUCUGAUGAUGCAGAGUUCUCUGAAUAUCAAACUAGAUAUAAUCCAGAAGGGUGCCAAGUCCCGCAAAUUGAUGAUUUUUCAAGAAAUGGAAACCCUGCUUUAGCUGAACCAGAUGAUGAAGACAACUCAGCUUCUGUGCAUUUGCCUCCCCCAAGGUACACCAUGUCAGAGAAGUGGAUUAUGGAUCAGCAAAGAAGGAAGCUUUUAGUAGAAGAAAAAUGGGCCUUAAGGGAGCAAAAAGCAAGACAAAGAAUAACAAUUCGUUUUAACCAGUUACAGGUAACUGUGAGCUCCUGUGAAGAUAUAUCUGCCAGAACCAAAAGUGUCAUAGAAUUGAAAAAACUGAAGUUGCUGGAUCUGCAGCGCCGUUUGAGAAGUGAGUUUCUGAAUGAUUUUUUUAAGCCUGUCACAAACGACGUGGAGCGUUUAAAAUCUUAUAAAAAGCAUAAACAUGGUAGAAGGAUAAAACAACUUGAAAAGUAUGAACAAAAGAUGAAGGAAGAGCGACAGAAGAGAAUCCGAGAGCGGCAGAAGGAAUUUUUUUCUGAGCUAGAAGUUCACAAGGAAAAAUUGGAGGAUGUGUUCAAGUUCAAGAGAGAAAGGUUGAAGGGUUUUAACAGAUAUGUAAAGGAGUUUCACAAAAGGAAGGAGCGUGCUCACCGUGAGAAACUUGAUCGAAUCCAGCGCGAGAAGAUUAAUUUGCUGAAGAUCAAUGAUGUCGAAGGAUAUCUACGUAUGGUGCAGGAUGCAAAAUCAGAUCGUGUUAAGCAAUUGCUGAAAGAAACAGAGAAGUACCUGCAAAAGCUGGGUUCCAGGCUACAGGCAGCAAAAGCUAUUGGAAGCCGUUUUGAGAAUAACAUGGAUGAAUCAAGAACUAUUGCUGCUAUUGAGAAUGAAACUACUUUCGAUAACGAAGAUGAAAGUGACCAAGCAAAGCAUUAUUUGGAAAGCAAUGAGAAGUACUACCUGAUGGCUCAUAGUAUAAAAGAGGGCAUCGCAGAGCAGCCAACUUCUCUCAAGGGUGGAAAAUUGAGGGAGUACCAGAUGAAUGGAUUGAGGUGGUUGGUUUCACUAUAUAACAACCAUUUGAAUGGAAUUCUUGCUGAUGAAAUGGGCCUUGGGAAAACUGUUCAGGUCAUAUCUCUAAUUUGUUAUCUGAUGGAGAGCAAAAAUGACAGAGGUCCUUUCUUGGUGGUUGUGCCUUCUUCUGUUUUACCAGGAUGGGAAUCGGAAAUUAGUUUCUGGGCCCCCAGUAUACAUAAAAUUGUAUAUUCUGGACCCCCAGAAGAUAGGCGUAAAUUAUUUAAGGAGAAGAUUGUCCACCAGAAGUUUAAUGUCCUUCUGACAACAUAUGAAUACCUAAUGAACAAGCAUGAUAGACCAAAACUAAGUAAAAUUCAUUGGCACUACAUUAUCAUUGAUGAAGGCCAUCGCAUAAAGAAUGCUUCUUGCAAAUUAAAUGCUGAAUUGAAGCACUAUCAGAGUUCUCACAGGCUGCUGUUAACUGGAACACCACUCCAGAACAAUCUUGAGGAACUCUGGGCGUUACUAAACUUUUUGUUACCCAACAUUUUUAAUUCAUCUGAAGAUUUUUCUCAGUGGUUCAACAAGCCAUUUGAGGGUACUGCUGAUAACUCGGCUGAUGAAGCUUUAUUAUCUGAGGAAGAGAAUUUGCUGGUCAUAAAUCGUCUUCAUCAAGUUCUGAGACCCUUUAUGCUACGAAGACUAAAACACAAGGUUGAGAAUGAACUUCCUGAAAAGAUUGAGAGACUCAUUAGGUGUGAAGCAUCUGCAUAUCAGAAGCUUUUGAUGCAGCGGGUUGAAGAUAAUCUUGGGGCAAUUGGAAGUUCAAAGUCACGAUCAGUCCACAACUCUGUCAUGGAGCUUCGCAAUAUAUGCAAUCACCCUUAUCUUAGUCAGCUGCAUUCAGAUGAGGUGGAGAGUUUUAUGCCUAAGCACUUUCUGCCACCAAUCAUCAGACUUUGUGGAAAGCUUGAGAUGUUAGAUCGAUUGUUACCCAAACUGAAAGCUACCGACCAUCGAGUACUUUUCUUUUCAACAAUGACAAGGCUUCUUGAUAUUAUGGAAGAGUAUCUCACGGCAAAACAGUACCGAUACCUUCGUCUGGAUGGUCAUACUUCUGGUGGUGACCGUGGUGCACUUAUUGAUAUGUUCAACAAACAAAGUUCUCCCUUUUUCAUCUUUCUGCUCAGCAUUCGGGCUGGUGGUGUUGGAGUGAAUCUUCAGGCUGCAGACACUGUCAUCAUAUUUGACACGGACUGGAAUCCUCAGGUGGAUCUUCAAGCACAAGCUAGGGCUCACAGGAUUGGCCAGAAGAAGGAUGUGCUUGUUCUUAGAUUUGAAACUGUGAAAACUGUUGAAGAACAAGUCAGAGCUGCUGCUGAGCAUAAACUGGGAGUUGCUGACCAGAGUAUUACGGCUGGUUUCUUUGACAAUAAUACAAGCGCGGAAGAUCGUAGAGAGUACUUGGAGGCCCUACUACGUGAGUCAAAGAAAGAGGAAGCUGCCCCUGUCUUGGAUGAUGAAGCCUUGAAUGAGAUCUUAGCACGCAGUGAGUCUGAGAUUGAUGUAUUUGAGUCGGUUGACAAACAACGACGGGAACAAGAGACGGAAAUAUGGAAGAAGUUACUAGCUGGACAGGGAGCAAAUGUUCCUGAAUCUUUGCCUCCCCUGCCUUCACGCCUUGUUUCAGAUGAUGACUUGAAGUCAUUCUUCGAAAAAAUAAAGCUAUAUGAUGUGCCAAAAGAUGAUGGAGUACCUAGUAUCGGGACAAAACGAAAAGGUCAGUCGCAGGGCCUUGAUUUUCAGCACUAUGGAAGGGGCAAGCGGGCAAGAGAGGUACGGUCGUAUGAAGAACAAUGGACUGAAGAGGAAUUUGAAAAGCUGUGCCAGGAUGACAAUCCUGAUUCGCCAAAACCUAAGGAGGAAGUAGUAGAGAGGAAUCUGCCAAAAGAGGCCAGUGUUUCUGCCUCAACCAUUGCUAAUCCAGAACCUACUGCUGCACCUACUGCACCAGAGUUGGUGCAGCAUGUACUUCCACAACAGAGCAGUGAGUUAACGGUAACACCGACACCAUCUAAGAGAGGACGUGGACGGCCAAAAAGGGUAAAUAUAACUCGAUCAGCACUGCCAGUAGGAACUCCUGCUGGACUUGUCAAAGCAGAUAUGGAGUUACAAAAAGGAAUCGAUGGUAGCUCUCCAAGUACAUUAGCUCCUGAUCCUUUACCAGAAUCAAAUUUGGUUAGGGUUGGUCCAAUAGCCCCUCAAGCUGAUGCAGGCACUGCUUCCACACUCCAACCAACUAUUCCUGUCACUUCUGGGCAGAGUUCACAACUUUCUCUUGUUUCUCCUUCAGUACCAAUGCCAGCAAGAGGCCGCGGUCGUAAGUCUCAACGUGGUGGGUAUACACCACGUGGUAGGGGAAGGAAAAUGGGAUUUGUGUCAGCUACGCCUGAGAACAUUGCUUCUCCAGCUCCCGUUAUUGGUGAAGCUUCACAGAACGCGUCCAACAAUGCUUUAGUUAAUUCCAGUGGUGUCACACUUUCUGGUGAUCCUGGUAUUGCACCAAUUACUGUACCUGUUCAAGUGACCAUUGCAGCACCAGAUCAGUCUGGUAAAGGGACUAUUGUAGAUACCCAUCCAGCCCCUCUUGCUGCUCCAUCUUUAUCCAUCGCUUCUGCUUCCACUCGAAUCAAAGAGCAGAAUCCAAAGGCUCAAAGUGCGACUGGAAUGCCUCGGCGUAGGGGAAGGAAACCUGCAGUUAAAGUUCCACCUGAAGUUCCAGUUGUUUCAGCGGCUCAGAUUUCGCAUAUGAACCUACCACCUUCAGUUCAAGUUCCACCUGAAGUUCCAGUUGUUUUAGCUGCUCAGGUUUCAUCUCAGAACUUACUGACAGGUGUUGUACCAGUAGUAGACACUUUGGGAGGCAGCGCUGCAAUAGCUGGAAAUGAUAAGGGCAAUGGUUCCAAUGAACCAACGAAAGUUGACCCGGGGCAAAAACCCAGAGUAACUAUUCCAGAUCAGGAGUCAAGUCAACAUUCAGGUGAAGUGACCCAACAGGAUGAGCCAACAAACUCGACCACCAUACACAGUGCUGGUACUAGAUCUAUGCCAAGCCAACAUUCAGCUGCAGUGACCCAACAGCCAACCAGCUUAUCAACCACCAUGCAUGAUGCUCCUACAUCUAUGGGUUCUCCUGCAAGAAAUCAAACUGUUACCUUGUUUCACGCAGCCACCAACAUUAAGGAGCAUCCUGUUCAAAGUAGUUCGACAUCUAAAUCAGGUGACCCUUUCAGAAAGGAUGGUGAGGCUGGCCUAGGAAUACCUACACCCAGCAAGGCUUUCAUUGAUAAAGUGCAGAAUACAAUUAUGGGAGAUAAAGAGUCUGCACUUGCUGGUCCUUCAUGUGAAUCACAGCAUGGCUCCCCUGGUGUAGAAAUUGGUCAGACUGUACCAGAGUUGGUCGUGAAAAGUGCCUUUGUCUCUCGGCCCACCCCAGCCCUUUCUUCUGUAGCCGUGGUCUCUCAACCUGACCCACCUCAAGCAGGUCGGGGUAAAGGGAGAGGCCGAAAGGUUACAAGCAGAACGGAUGCGCCCAGGCGGAGGGGAAGGAAACCGGCUACAACGGCACAUCCUGCUGAUACAUUGGGAGUUAGGACCAUGUCCCUGAGAAACCGACCAGGGGGUGAAGCUAUGGAAAUCACACUUGCUGUACAGGAAACCCCAGUUGCUAAUGAUUUUGUUUGUCAAGACUAUAAACAAAGGGAAAUUACGUCUUUGGGCCGGAUUCAGACUGCAGAUGUAACUGAUGUUGCACGUGUGAUGAAGGAGAUCUUCUCUGAGUCUUGCUCAUCCAAGGGUAAGAGUAGUGACUCUUCCAAAAGUGAAUGUAAAAGCACUGGCACACCUGUAUCUUGUAUGAAACCUUCACCAGUCACAGAAGGCCAAAGCUCUGGGGAUAAGAUUCAUGGAUCUGUCUCUUCUUUACAAGAAGCCAUUCCUGCUGAAGGAAUCUCACUUGAUAGUUCUGUCCAGUCUGUAUCUGAAUUAGGUUUCAGGGUGGAUAAGAGGAAUCUGCCUGCUGUGCAUGCUGAUGCUGUGAGUAAUAAAGCUGAGACAAAAGUCGAUUUAUCUCUAGAAUCAGCAGCAGUUGAUAAAGACACGUGCAGAAGUAAGGCAAAUGCCAUUGUUCUUGGUAUAGAGGCAUCCAGCAAUCGGGUUGUUUCACUUGGACAAGCUCAAGGUGUUGGAAGACACGUAUCUUCCAGGGUUAAUUUGAGUAGUACUGUUGAGUGUGCAUCUACCAAGAAGGUUGGCUCACCUGUAGAAACUCAAGGUGCUAAGAUGCCUCGCAUUUCAUCUCAUGAUGAUUCUGUUGAUGCUGCUACUGUAAGGUUCAUGCGGCCACCUGAAUCUCUUCCUGAUGCCUUCGUAGAACCUAUCGAAGCUCACGGCACUGCAGAGCAUCCCGAGAAGAAUCCAGAAGAUAAGAUGGAAGCUUCUGUAAAGUCGUCUCCAUUGUCUCAGAUUGAAGUUACUGAGAAGCAUGGCAGUGAGGCUAAUACUACUGCGGCAAAGUUUGAUGAUACGAUUGUUCAACCUGAAGUUAAUAGCAGCAACAUGCAACUUGAUCAAGAAACUGGAUACACGGAGAGUGAACCCGUUCCAGUGUUCAAUGUGGAAGAACAACAUAUACCACCUGAGCAGACCGUAUUUUGUGAGUCAGCCAAUGAAGAGAAGCAUUGUGGUCCAAGUACGUUGCAGUCACAAUUGGACAGUAGAUUGCCUGAUGAUUUUACUUCUGAAUCUACCAACACAGAGCUAAGUUCAGAAGAUCAUGUUGGAAAUCAGCUUCAGCCAAAAGACGUGGAUCUCUCCAUGGAACAGCUCUCUUUACCAGAAGAUGCCUUUGCCAAGGAGCAAGAGUUAAGAAGCUCACCAGUUGAGAGGGAUCAUCAACAUUUGGUUCUGGUAGAAAGAUCAGUUGUGUUGGAAGAAGUGCAAGGCUCUGACACUAACAAAGAUUGUGGAAUUGGUUUCUCUGGAACUAGGAGUGUCCCAGAUGACCUUCCUUCAUCCAGAGAGUUGAAAGAUUCAGUUGUCCCGGAAGAAGUGCAAGGCUCUGAUUCGAACAAAGAUUGUGAAGUUCGUGUUUCUGGAACUGGUAGGAGUGUCUCAGAUGACCUUCCUUCAUCUAAAGAGUUGAAAGGAUCAGUCGUGCCAGAAGAAGUGCUAGGCUCUGAUGCUAACAAAGAUUGUGAAAUUGGUGUCUCUGAAACUGGUAGAAGUUUCUCCAAUGAGCUUCCUUCAUCUAGAGAGUUGAAAGAACCAGAGUGUACAAUUAAUGACGAAGUAGCAUUUGCAGAAGACACCUUAGCAGCAUCUCCCUCUGGGUCCAAUUCACCUGAGAGACACUACCUUACUUCAUCUAGAGAGUUGAAAGCAUCAGAGUGUCAAGCUGAUAAGCGAGUAGCAGUGGGAGAAGAAUCCCUAACAGCCUCUCCUUCUGUGCCCAAAGAACGAAUUGACUCACCGGAGAGACAUCCACUUAGCAGCAACUCUGGAGAAGAUUGCAUAAAAGCCCCAUCUGAAACAGGAGUGCGAGAUUUGGAUACAAAAAGUCUGCCUCCUGAGAAGAAUGUAGAUAGCAACUUAACAGAGGAGCGAUUACAGGGGCCUAAUUCUACCGAAGAUGAAUUGGUUACCAAAAGUUCGCCUUCUGAGAAGGAUGUCCAUGGCAACUUAACGGCAGAGGAAGGGCUACAGUGGCCUAAUUCUACUGAAGGUGAAUUGAAUACAGAAAGUUUGCCUUCUGAGAAGAAUGUAGAUAGCAACUUAGCAGCAGAGGAGGGACUACAGGGGCCUGAUUCUAUGGAAUGUGACGUGAUUGCUCCUGCAACUGCAGAGGACACUAGUUCACCUUCACCAAUGGUGGAGGAAGGAAAGAUUGAUGAUGCAUCUUCUAAGAGCCCUCGUAGUGAGAAGUUGGCAGCAGAACCGGAGGAGACUAGAAAUGAGGAGGCAGAACUGCAGGGGCCUAAUUCUACAGAAGGUGAGUUGGGUACAAAAAGUUCGCCUUCUGAGAAGAAUGUCUGUAGCAACUUAACACCAGAGGAGGGGUUACAGGGGCAUAAUUCUACAGAAGAUGAAUUGGAUACAGAAAGUUUACCUUCUGAGAAGAAUGUAGAUAGCAACUUAGCAGCAGAGGAGGGUCUACAGGGGCCUGAUUCUAUGGAAUGUGACGUGAUUGCUCCUGCAACUGCAGAGGACACUAAUUCACCUUCACCAAUGGUGGAAGAAGGAAAGAUUGAUGAGUCAUCUUCUACGAGCCCUCGUGGUGAGAAGUUGGCAGCAGAACCGGAGGAGACUAGAAAUGAGGUGGCAGAACUGCAGGGGUCUAAUUCUACAGAAGGUGAGUUGGGUACAAAAAGUUCGCCUUCUGAGAAGAAUGUCCAUAUCAACUUAACAGCAGAGGAGGGGUUACAUAGGCGUAAUUCUACAGAAGGUGAAUUGGAUAUAGAAAGUUUACCUUCUGAGAAGAAUGUAGAUAGCAACUUAGCAGCAGAGGAGAGACUACAAGGGCCUGAUUCUAAGGAAUGUGGCGGGAUUGCUCCUGCAACUGCAGAGGACACAAGUUCACCUUCACCAAUGGUGGAGGAAGGAAAGAUUGAUGACUUAUCCACUAAGAACCCUCGUGGUGACGAGUUGGCGGCAGAAACGGAGGAAACUGAAAAUGAGGAGGGUGGUAAUGGUGUGGUAGUAGCUAUCCAUACUGACCCUAACUCUAAUGAUCCAGUGAUAAUAGAGGGAAAUAUUGAUGACUCAUCUCCCAAGAGUCCUCAUGGUAAGAGUUUGGCAGAGGAACUGGAGGAACUUAGAAAUGAGGAGGGUGGUAAUGAUGUGGUGGUGGCCACACCUAAUCCAGUGGCUGUGGAAAAUAUUGAUGGCGCAUCUUGUAAGAGUUCUCAUGGUGAGAAGUCGAUGAAGAAACAUAGAAAUGAGGAGUGCGGUAAUGAUGUGGUGGUGGCCAUGUCUGAUGACCCCAACUCUAAGGACCCAGUGAUGAAGGCAAAGAUUGAUGACUCAUCUUCUAAGAGUCCACAAGGUGAGAAGUCGGUGGAGGAACUGGUGGAACCUAGAAAUGAGGAGGGUGGUAAUGAUUUGGCAGUGGUCACGGUUGAUGACCCAGACUCUAAGGAUCUGGUGGUGGAGGCGGGAAAGAUUGAUGACUCAUCUUCUGAGAGUCCUCAUGGUGAGAAGUCGGGAGAGAAACUGGAGGAACCUAGAAAUGAAGAGGGUGGUAAUAAUCUGGUAGGGGCCCCGGCUGAUGACCCUGACUCGAAGGAUGUGGUGAUGCAGGAGGGGAAGAUUGAUGAUUUAUCUUCUACGAGUCCUCAUGGUGAGAAGUCAGCCGAGAAACUGGAGGAACCUAAAGAGGAGAGUGGUAAUGUCUUGGUAGUGGCAACGGCUAAUGACCCUUACUUCGAGGAUCCAGUGGUGGAGGGAAAGAUUGAUGACUCAUUUUCUAAGAGCUCUCAUGGGGAGAAGUCGGCAGAGAGACUAAAGGAACCAAGAAAUGAAGAAGGUGGUAAUAAUGUGGUAGUGACAAUGGUUAAUUGCCCCGACUCUGAAGAUCCAGUGGUGGAGGGAAAGAUUGAUGACUCGUCUUCUAAGAGUGCUCAUGGUGAGAAGCUGGCAGAAGAACUUGAAGAACCUAGAAAUGACUACAGUAAUGAUGUGGUAGUGGAGAAGGGAAAGAUUGAUGACUCAACUUCUAAGAGUCCUUGUGGUGAGGAUUCGGGGGAGGACAAGGAACCUAGAAACGAAGAGGGGGGUAAUCAUGUGGUAGUGGAUGAGGGAAAGAUUGAUGAAUCAACUUCUAAGAGUCCUCGUGGCGAAGAUUCGGGGGAAGAAAAGGAACCCAGAAUUGAGCAGGGUUGUAAUGAUGUGGUAGUGGAUGAGGGAAAGGUUGAUGAAUCAACUUCUAAGAGUCCUCAUGGUGAGGAUUCGGGUGAGGAAAAGGAACCUAUAAACGAAGAGGAGGGUAAUGAUGCGGUAGCGGAGAAGGGAAAGGUUGACGGCUCGACCUCUAAGAGUCCUCGUGGUGAGGAUUCGGGGGAGGAAAAGGAAUCCAGAAAUGAAGAGAGGGGUAAUGAUGUGGUAGUGGAUGAGGGAAAGAUUGAUGACUCAACUUCUGAGAGUCCUCCUGGCGAGGAUUCGGGAGAGGAAAAGGAACCUAGAAACGAAGAGCGGGGUAAUGAUGUGGCAGUCUCCACACAUGCUGGUGCCAAGUCCGAGGAUCUGAUGGUGGUUGAUGAGAAGGCCAACGUUUCUUCUGAAGAACUUUCAGUUCCCGAGUCUGCAGAACGAACAGAACCGGAAUCGAUCUCUUGGGGAGAUGAGUGA